CGCAGACUAUCAAGGAACUACUCAAGAAAGCAUUCAAAGGCAAUGAAACUGACCCGGCUGAUAUAAACGACUCAUUGCCUUGAUCUUAUACAUAAUGUCUGAUCCAUCUAAGAAGAGAAAAGCUUCGUUCCAAACAUAUACAUCUCCGGCGUAUCUCCAUCAGAAGCGUUUCAAGCCUCAUGAGAAACGCGUUGCUCAUAAAAAUCCACUACGAACAUUACAGGCAAGACAGCAGACUUUGACACAAAUUGAUUUUUUCUUGCCGCUCUCCUCUAGCGAUGAAGAGCUGGAGACAGAUACUGUGGAAGAUUCGGAGAUCACACCAAAAGCGACAGCCGGGCCAUGUUUAGACCGCCGUCCACCUUUGUCGACGGUGUCAAACGCCGGAUUAAAGCGAGAAAAGAAAGACAGCAAUGGAGAGUGCGAUAGCCAAAAAGUUGCAAUAUCAUCAGUGGAAUUGCCAAAAACCCCAUCCAAAUCUCGACAAUCUGAGGUGCCAUGCUCACAAUCCUCGGCCGGGAGUCCCUUAUCAAUACGGAAGCUCAGCCGCAACAAGAGCCCUUUGAGGUCACCUUUGAAGGAAAGAAGUACGAAUCGGCCAGUACAGAGCCCAAGUAGCAGCUCUAGAAGAACGCUCAGAAGGGCACCGAAGUUGGAAAUCAAAAGCACAUAUUCAUGGGAAAACGAAAGUACGCUAUCGACAACUUCGACACUUGAUCCGCAUGAAUCUCAGACACAGUUUGCCAAGGAUGCAACGAAAUGUUCGCCAUAUAACAUUAGCAAUGAGCUUCCGUGCCAAGCAGCCUCGCAACGACGCGAGCCAAUAAAACUCGAAAUCCAGGAUUCAGAGGAUGAGAGUGAAGAUGGAGAGUAUGAAGAUGAUACUCACAUCAAUUACCAGGAGUCACAAGCCUCUUCUCCAGGAGCACUGAAAUUGGAUCAAGGCUGUCCUGUCAGGAGAUCAAAUGAUGAAGAGAUCAAACAGGAAGCUGGGAGCAAUGUAAUCGAAGCGCCACCGUUUCAUAAAGUGUGUGAAGUGGCGGGACAAGGGCGCCAAUCGGCUUCACAUCUGACUGAAAGGCCGACCUCUGCCGUGGAGGAACAGAGUACCCUAGGCGCAGAAACAGACAGCUGUUACCAGGAUGGCGAACAUUCUCUCUCUAACCACCUCUCACAAUCCUCUCCCUUACUAUCUCGGAGGAGUCUGCAAACAUGCAGAGCUCGCAAGGAGCUUGCAAGUGUCGGUCAAGAGCGUGCAAUUCCCGAGGACAGCACGAUAAGCGGAUUCUUCCGGCUGUCUCAAGCUUCGACUGUGGAUAUUACUCAACCUUCAUCGCAACAUCUAUUAUCCUCAUUUUCUCCGCCUCCAAUACCCGCUUCCUCACCGCCACCUAUUCGUUUACAUCAUCAUAAUCAUCGUCACUGGGAAGACGAACUGAAGGGGGAUGAUGCGAUGUGGACGGUCAGCCAGCUCUUGCCGGAUAGUUUGGAGAGAGAUAGUCUUAUACCCCCUCCCCCUUCCACGUUUAUCGACGACUCGGAUACAGAAUAAGGAAACGAUGCCUAUAUAUCGUCAUUAACACUUUUUGAGAGGCC